AUGGGCCCACCGCCGCCCCAGGGGUCCAAGUUCAUGCCCAAGGGGCUUGUCAACGUCGCCCCCGCCACCACCGCCAUUGCCCAGGACCUGUUGGCCUACGGGCUGACCACGGGUCCGGGGACGACCUCCCAGGGGUUCCUCAACACCCUCUCCUCCUCGCAACACCAGGCGCCGCCGUUUGCGCCGCCAUCGCAGGCGACGCUGUUAAAACCUUACGGCAACGACCCCGUCAUCAUCACCACCGACGAAACGGGACAGACCAUCGCCCAGCUGACGGACAAGUCCCAGCCGAAGGGGAAGCUCAAAGUGACGAUCAUCGCCGCCCGCGACAUCAGCGCCAUCCAGCCCUACGUCGUGUGCACUUACGAGAGCUCAGAAUUCGUCACUCACACCACCGGCUCCAUCGGCAAGCUGCCGCUACACCCGAAUAAAGGCAUCCUGAUGAAGGCGGGCGGGUCGCGCCCCCACAUGUACCAGCGCCAGCUGCUGACGCAGCACUUGCCGUCGUUAGGGGAGACGACGAACCCGCUGUGGAACCACGAGGCCAACUUUGACGUCGUCGGCUCCCACUCCGAGCUCGACAUCAGCUUAUACGACGCGGGCAAGGACGACGCCUUCCUCGGCCACGUGCGCAUCAUGCCCCACACCAUCACCAACCGCCGCUCCAACGAGGAGUGGCUCGGGCUCAAGCCGCGGAUCAUGGGCGAGCAGGUGGUGGGGGCGAUCAAAGUGGUGUGGGAGUACACCCGCUUGGACGGCAAACAUAGCUACGGGCCCGACGACUUCGAGAUGUUGCGGUUGUUGGGCAAGGGGACGUUUGGCCAGGUGUUCCAGGUGCGCAAGCACGACACCGGGCGCAUCUACGCGAUGAAGGUGUUGCUGAAGAAGGUGAUUGUCAAGAAGAAAGAGAUCGCCCACACCAUCGGCGAGCGCAACAUCUUGGUGCGCACCAGCGCCGCGGCGCUGCCGUUCAUCGUCGGGCUUAAGUUCUCCUUCCAGACGCCGCUGGACUUGUACCUCGUCACCGACUACAUGAGCGGGGGCGAGUUGUUUUGGCACUUGCAGAAGGAAGGCCGCUUCACCGAGGAGCGCGCCAAGUUCUACAUCGCCGAGUUGGUGCUCGCGUUGGAACACCUCCACGACAACGACAUCGUCUACCGCGACUUGAAGCCGGAAAACAUCCUUUUGGACGCCAACGGCCACAUCGCCUUGUGCGACUUUGGCCUUUCGAAAGCCAACCUCAACAACGACGGCACCACCAACACCUUCUGCGGCACCACCGAGUACUUGGCGCCCGAGGUGCUCUUGGACGAGCUGGGGUACACCAAGAUGGUCGACUUCUGGCUGUUGGGGGUGCUCAUCUUUGAGAUGUGCUGCGGGUGGCUGCCGUUUUACGCCGACAACACCCAGCAAAUGUACAAAAAUAUCGCCUUCGGCAAGAUCCGGUUCCCCAAGGAGGUGUUGAGCGCCGAGGGCCGUUCCUUCGUCAAAGGGUUGUUGAACCGCAACCCCAAGCACCGCCUCGGCGCCACCAACGACGCCCGCGAGUUGCGCGCCCACCCGUUCUUCCAGGACAUCGACUGGAACUUGUUGCGCACCAAGCUGAUCCCGCCGCCAUUUAAGCCCCACUUGACCUCGGAAACCGACACCCUGAACUUCGACCCCGAGUUCACGCUGGAGCUGACGGCGAUCCUCAAAAAGCAGAUGGAAAUGGCGACGACGCCGUUGCUGCCGGGGAUCCAGGCCAACUUCAAAGGUUUUACCUACGUCGACGACCUGGCGUUCGAAGACCACUACGGGCGGCUGCAUCGGCAGAACCAGUUCCGGGGACCGGGGCUGUUUAUCCCCGGCAACCCCAACUUGCCCCCCGACGAGGACGUCAUCGACGACGACCAGAUCGACGAGGAGGACGAGGAAAUGGAGAUUGACGACCAGGACGAGUUCGUCAACGGCCGCUUCGACCUCUGA